CGACCUGUAAAAGACAGCUCCAGGAGCCAAUCAACGCAUCGGCCCUCUUCCGGGAUCCGCAUUCCCGCCACCCCGCCGGCGGCCGUUACUGGUGGCGCGCGCGCGGGGUUUCGUAGGUUCGGUGACUCGGAAUCUUUAGGCCACGAGGGAACACAGUCGCGCGUGGGUCAAAGAUGGUUGCUCUUCAAAUUGGAGCGAGAGUCGUAGGCGUCGGCUGGGUUGACAGGACGGAGUUUCCUUCUUGGGGUUCCCUACUUUCCCUGUCAACGGCUUCCCCAUGUGUGGCAUCUUUAUAGAUCAUGGAAAACACCCAGGUUAUUGACUGGGAUGCUGAAGAAGAGGAGACAGAAAUAUCCAAUGGGUCCCUGGGGCAUAGCUUGGAGCCUAUAGGGCGGCUGCGUCUCUUCAGUAGUGCUCAUGGACCAGAACGAGAUUUCCCUCUCUACCUUGGCAAGAAUGUAGUUGGCAGAAGCCCUGACUGCUCUGUGACCCUGCCUUUUCCAUCCAUCUCUAAACAGCAUGCAGUCAUUGAGAUCUCUGCGUACAACAAAGCCCCUAUCCUCCAGGAUUGUGGGAGCCUCAAUGGCACUCAACUCGUAAAGCCCCCUAAGGUCCUAACCCCUGGAGUGAGCCAUCGUCUGAAGGACCAGGAAUUAAUUCUGUUUGCAGACUUUCCCUGCCAGUACCGUCGCUUGGAUGUCCCUCCACCUUUGGUCUCUCGGGGAUUUCUAACUAUAGAAGGGACCCCCAGAAUACAGGGAGAAUCCCAGACCUCCAGAGUUUUGUUGGCUGAGGAUUCAGAGGAGGAAGUGGAUUUUCCUUCUGGAAGGUGUGUGGCAAAUGGAUCAAGAAAUCCAACAUCGCCAUCAGCAACAGUUGUUCCGGAGAGUGAUGAAGAGGCAUCUUCUCCAGUCCCGAGAGUCCCUGGGCUGUCUCUGCCCUUCGACGUGGGCAGUGACACAGAUGAAGAGCAGGGUCAGCAGCAGGCAGUGGGGGGAUCCUUUUCAGCUAGUGCAGGGGCUGAGCAGCCUGAAGUUAAAGGAAUGACAGCUGGCAUCCAGCUGGCACAGGCACAGCAGCCUACUGAGCCAAAGUUCAAGGACACGAAAGUCAAGAGUGAGGCUGGCAAUGGAGCAGCUCAGGUUGGGUCAGUUCUGGAGAGGAGCCUCACUCUUGGGGAGGACAGCGACACAGAUGUGGAAGGAGAGGGGGUUCCUGUGACCCCAUUUGUAGGUCCUGGAAAGAAGAAGCAAGUCCUGCUUGGAGUUGGUACAAGGGAUCCUGGAGCACCUGGAGUGGCACAUCUGCAGGGCAGCCCAGCCACAGAUGUGGAGGAGGGCAGGACGCCAGUGGCUGUCCCUCCAGAGACAAACCACACACCCAUGGUGAUUGACAGCGACACAGACGAGGAGGGUGAAGUCUCGGCAGCACUCACCUUGGCCCAUCUGAAAGAGAAGGGAAUUACUCUGUGGAGCAGAGACACGGGCAUGGAAGAGGUCAAGUCCCAACCACAGGUCCUUGUAGAGCGAAGCCAGAGUGCCUCUGGGAGAGACAGUGACACGGAUGUGGAGGAGGGAAAGAGAGAAAUGGUCCCUGACAGCCCCAUGGACAUAGAUGAGGCUCUCACUGUCAGGCAUACAGAGAGCCAGCCUCCCAGUAGAGCCAGAGAUGUGGGUGAGGAUGUGGACAUGAACUCCCCUGGCGGCCAUCUAGAGGGAAAUGAGGCCUCUGCUACAGUAGACAACAAUGCUGCACAAGUAGAGGAGGAAGUCCCACCAGAGCCAGCUGUUACCCUGGGGGAGAAGCACCAGCUGCCUCUAGAGGAAGCCCAGCCUUCUGAGGAGGCCUGGGAAGCAGCUGUGGGGGAAGGUUCAUCUUCAGCAGUGGCAGAUGUAAGAAUGAGCCAGCAGCCAGUAGCAGAAGACGCUGGGAGAGUGUGUGCUGCAGCUGUUUCUGAGCUGGAGAGCACGCUUGAGGUGGGGGCCCAAAGCAGGUCACCUGCUGCACCAGGUACUCGAGGGGAUCCCACACAGCCACAGAGAGAGGGAGCCCAGACUCCCACAGGAAGAGAGAAAGGAGCCAAAGACUGCUGUGACGAAUCUGAAGAUCUGUGCCUUCCAGCUACCCAGUGCUUUGUAGAAAGGGAGAGCCAGAGCUCAGAAGCUGUCCAGAGUUUGGAAGAUGAGCCUACCCAGGGCUUCCCAUGUACUCUGCCCCAAGAGCCUGGGCCUUCCCAUCUUAGCCUUCAGACUCCAGGUUCAGGUGCCCUGGAUGUGCCUUGGGAGGUUUUGGCUACACAGCCAUUUUGUCUGGGAGAACCUGAGGCCUCCGAACCCCAGCUCAUCGCCACCCACCUUGAAGCUCAUGGAUCUCCUCCAUCUCUACCUAGUGCACCACCAGGACACCAGCAUCUGGUUCACACAGAGCUGUUGGGAGUUGAAGGCAGAGAGAUACAAACUAUGGAGAAAGCCAUGGGUAUACCAAAGGAAACGGCAGACAGGGUGACCCCUGAGAGAGAGCCAUUGGGAAGGAAAAUCAGGGAAAGAACAUCAGACAGUGAGAGAGAAGAUGUGAUGGGGGAAGAACUACCUCAGGUGAUAGAGGACAGAGAGCCAAAAACGGUGCUAGCUAGAGACGAACAGGAACAGGAGUCUAACAAGGGGGAGGGUGGGCAUCCUGAAGGAAAUAGGGAGAGUUUGAAGGUAGAAAUGGAGAUGUCCAAAGACACACAGAAGAGAGAGAGAGAGUGGGAGCCACCUGGUUUAGAAGUGAACCUAGAUAGAGGGGUGGCUGAGGGAGGGAGCCAUGAUUGGAAAGAGCAGAUUGCCAGUCCAACACUAAAGCCUGGACUUGGCAUGGGGGACCUUGAGGGACUGACAUCAGCCCUGCCAGUCUCUGGGAGCCAGGGAGAUGGAGGAAAGGGAGACCCCGUGAGCCCCGGGAGGCAGCAGAGAGGCCGCUUGAGGUGCAAGAUGACAUCUGCUGGAAAGGCUUCCAGGGGUGAUCCAGAACCCCCAGCCCAUUGCCUGCUUUCUCCAGUGCCUGAAGCUUCAGCUCCACCUCAGAGUCUCCUCACCGCUCAGAGCCCAAAGCAGUCUUCCCCUUCUGAGCCACACCUUCCUGAGAGUCUUCACAUGGAGCCUAAUGUCAGGCCUCGGCGGUCCUCCAGGAUGACCCCCUCAUCCUCUGCUGCCCUUAGACCAACAUCUCAGGUCACUCGGGGCAGGACAAAUAAGUCCUCUGCCAGGACCCCAGAAGUGAUUGUCCCUACAGACUCUGAGCUCCAGCCUCCCGCCUCCACAGAACAACCUGCCAUCCCCAGACCCACAUCUCAGGUCACUCAGGGCAGCACAGAUAGUUCCUUUGAUAAGGCACCUGAAUCAGUUCUCACAGGUCCCGAAAUCCAGCCUCCCACCACUGAACAGCCUGUUACCCCAAACCCUACACCUCGGGCCACUCGGGGCAGGCCAAGUAAGUCUUCCAUCAAGACCCCAGAACUAAAUGUCCCCACUAGCUCUGAACUCCAGCCUCCCACCACCACAGAACAAGCUGUCAUACCUAAACCCACAUCUCGGGCCACCCGCGGCAGGCCACGUAAGUCUCCUAUCAGGACCCCAGAGCCAGUUGUCCCCACUGUCUCUGAACUUCAGCCUCCUACCUCCUCAGAACAAGCUGUCAUACCUAAACCCACAUCUCGGGCCACCCGGGGCAGGCCACGUAAGUCUAUCAGGACCCCAGAACCAGUUGUCCCCACAGGUCCUGAACUCCAGCCUGCCAUCUCCACAGAACAGCCUGUCACCCCUAAUCUCACAUCUCAGUCCUCUCAGGGCAGGUCACGUAAAUCUAUCAGGACCGCAGAACCAGUUGUCCCCACCGGCCCUGAACUCCAGCCUGCCACCUCCACAGAACAGCCUGUCACCCCUGAGCCCUCAUCUCAGGGCAGGAUGCGUAGGUCUUCUGUCAGAACUCCUGAAGCAGGCAUCUCCACAGCCCCUGAACUUCAGCCUUUCACAUCUAGAGAACCUCCUGCCUCCAAGCCCACAGCUCUGGGUACUCGGGGAAGGACAUGUAAGCCCUCCAUUGAGGAUUCUAAAUCAGUUGAACCAGUAGCCCCUGAUUCUGAGCCUUCCGUCUCCACAGACCGUCUUGUUACCCCUGAGGUGAUAGAUCAGAGCAUAAGACUGAAGUCCUCACCACUAAGUGCUUCCCCAGCAUCCACUACCCCUGACCUGGGACCUGGAACCUCAGAGCCCAUUCCUCAAGGCAAUCGCCGAAGGAGGCGGAAGGCUGCUGGGAAACAGGACUCCCACAUAGUUCCCAUUGACCAUGAGCCUUACUCUACACCCUCUAAACCUGAGUCCCAAUCUUCAACCAGCCAAAGCUCAGGGACAUUAGAAGCAGCUGAGUUGAUUACAGUCGCUCCUGAGGCUGCCGUUGCCCAGGUUCCAGAGACCCCCCCUCACAUUCCUCUGAUGCAAAAGGAAGCAGCUGGGAGAUCAGGGCUCACUCCCAAACCCCAGCCUGAGACUUCUCGAGUCCGCAAGGAGCCUUCCACUACCGCGAACUCACCACUUCAAAAACGUCCCCGAAGACAAGUUCCCCAGAUGACCAUUGUCCCUAAGGAAGAAGAUCCUCCAGAAAUGCCAGUGAAGGAAGAGCCUCAGGAGAGAGCAAUUCCGGCACCAGGCAAGAGAAAGAGGGGCCGUGCAGAAGAUGAGACCCAGGGAAACCCAAGUCGAAGCCGGCGGACUAAAACUAACCAAGAAGCAGUAGCUCCCAAGGUCCUGUUCACAGGAGUUGUGGAUUCUCGUGGAGAGCGUGCAGUCCUGGCUCUGGGAGGCAGUCUGGCCAGCUCAGUAAAUGAGGCCUCCCACUUAGUCACAGAUCGCAUCCGCAGGACAGUCAAGUUCUUGUGUGCUCUGGGGAAGGGUAUCCCCAUCCUCUCCCUGAACUGGCUGUAUCAGUCCAGAAAGGCCGGUUACUUCUUGCCACCUGAUGACUACUUGGUGACUGAUCCUGAACAAGAGAAGAAUUUUAGCUUCAGCCUUCGGGAUGCCCUGAGCCGGGCUCGGGAACGGAAACUACUGGAGGGCUAUGAGAUUCAUGUGACCCCUCGCGUGCAGCCACCUCCAGCUCAGAUGGCAGAGAUCAUUGGCUGCUGUGGAGGCACCGUCCUGCCCAGCAUGCCCCAUUCCUACAAGCCUCGGCGAGUUGUCGUGACCUGCACUGAAGACCUUCCGUGCUGUGCUGUCCCCGCUCGCCUGCGGCUGCCCCUCCUCUCUUCUGAGUUCCUCCUGACGGGAGUGCUGAAGCAGGAGGCCACACCAGAGGCCUUUGUUCUCUCCAAUUUAGAAAUGUUAUCUUCCUAAAAAAUACAAAUCUAUCAGCAAACACCCCUAGAAAACACUUGGAAAAAGAAAUAUAAAUACACAAUUAAGACCCAGCAAGGUAGUCCACACCUUUAAUGUGAGCACUUGGGAGGCAGAGGUAGACAGAUUUUUGUGAGUUCCAGGCCAGCCAGGGCUACAUAAUGAGAUCCUUUCUCAAAAACCAAACAAAAAACCCUCAGGGCUUCACAAAGACCUAAGAUAUUGGGAAUGUGGGUAAGGCUUUUGAAAAAGAAAAAAGAAAAGGACUUUUUCCGUAAGAUGUCCAUUUUUAAAUUGUCCAAACCCAAGCUGGGGGUAGUUUUGUGGCAGAGCACUUGCCGUCGUGCUGAGGGCUCUGGUGAAAGUGCUGUUCCAGGCCCAGCAUCCUAGUGUGCCCGUCUUUGGAAGCUGUCACUUCCCAUUUCUUCCCAGGAUUGUUUGUUUUGUUUUAGACAGGGUCUCUCUGUAGUUUUGGAGCCUGUCCUGGAACUAGCUCUUGUAGACCAGGCUGACCACGAACUCAGAAAUCCACCUGCCUCUGCCUCCCGAGUCCUGGGAUUAAAGGUGUGCGCCACCAGCACCUGGCUCUUCCCAGGAUUCUUACUCAAAGUAAAGCAGCUCCCAGGAGUGCCUAACUGAGAAGAUGUGAGUGGCUCAUGGCAUGUUUUCUGGUCUGUGACUGACCUGGUUAGAAAGGGUGUUCAUGCGCUUUUGCAAUGCUCUCUGUUAGCUGUGGUCAUCUCUGUGUAGGUUGGCGCUCACUCAACCUGCCUGAUGGCGAAUUUUUGGUGUGACAACACCAGACAGACUGAGUUUAUACUUAUUUAUCAGUAUCAAUUUAGAGUAAAUUGUAUUUGUUUUUAAGAGUUGACCACUUUCCAGGAUGGAGAACAUAGGACUCUUGGGCACUGCUGGUAUUUGGUUUAGCCUCCGCAGUGAACAGUUUAAGUUCCUUUAAAGUUGAGUGCAAAGUUAGUCAUGGGCGCAGUUCCUGUACUCCCACUACUUAGGAGGCUUGAAACAGGAAGUUCACAAAUUCCAGUUCAGCCUGGACUACAGAGUAAAACCCCGUCUUAAAAGAAAGAAAGGGUUUUUUUUUUUAAUGUUUUUUUGCGGUUAGCUUUCAUAAUUUUUACGGUAGGUCAGUAUUCAUUUGACCUACCUGCUUACCAUAUGACCAGCAAUGCUGUUCUUUCUCCUAUUGGGAAAUUCUAUACUUGACCUUCAAUCUGAACAGUCCAGGUAGAGGCAAGUGGGAUCAGAAGUUCAAGGUUAGCUUUGGCAACUUAGCAAAGGAGAGCCCAGUCUAAAACUACAAGACUCAACAAUGGAAAACAGGCACUUGAUAAUUGUUUUUGUUUUUUGGGUGGGGCUUUCUUUUUCUUUAUGCUUGAUAAGCAAUGAUUUUGCCGCCAUGCCUCAUUCCCAGCCCCCUAUUGCUUUUCAUAAUAGAUACAGAUAUAGUGUAGAUGAUUGGGUAGUGUUAACAACACACACCUUUAAUCACAGCACUUGGGAGGCAGAGGCAGGUAGAUUUCUGAGUUUGAGGCCAUCCUAGUCUUCAGAGCUAGUUCCAGGACAGCCAAAGACGGCUGUUACACAGAGAAACCCUGUGUUGAAAAACCAAAAAGAGAAACUGUAGAUGUUCGUCCAGCAAUGAUGAAAUAUGCUGUGUGUACCAAAAGGAAUGCUCAGACAUGAAGUAAAAACCCGGUAUUUGAUGAUGAGUGUAAAGAACACCCUAAGUAAAAGAAACAGACUCAAAGGACAUUUGAUUCUACCUGCAUGAUAAUAUCCAGGAUGGGGGAAUGCACAAAGAGUAGAUCAAUGCAUCCCAGACUCCAAGGACAGGGGAGAUGUUAAAGGGGUGGAGAGUUUCACUGUGGGGAGCCAGAAAGAGGAAGUGAUUGUACAUAGUGCAGAAUAUUAAAUGCUACUGUACUAAAUGCCACCUUGCUAUGUAAAUUUCAUUUCAAUAAAAACAUAGUUGCUAGCUUUGUA